UCAGUCUCUUCGAGAGCGUUGGCAAUGUCAGUUUAACUCGGGAGAUCGCGCGCCAGUUAACCGUUGUCUUGAUGCUCGUUCGUUUAGACCUGCAAUUUUCGCCUCAAACAGCAAAAAAGGUCUGCCAAAAAGUGUAUCUGAGUGCUAAACUUUUAUGAAAUUUUACACAGGGAAGAAAUUUAAAAAAAUCUACAAAUUAAUUGAAAAAAAGAAAGUGCUUAAAAUUCUAAAGUAACAAACAAGUCGUGUAGCAUUCUCUUUUAACUUCGUCGUAUUCGAUCUGUUUCGCUCCAUCUCACUACAAUGCUUUCUUUCAUUUGGACUGAGCAAGUACUGAAAUAGGUAUUCUCAGUAUACCCCAGUUUGUAUGGCUUAAGGGAUAUGCUUUUCAUCUAAAUAAAUACUGCUUUAAAAUGAAAUGGUGGAAGUAUGCAUAUACGAAACUAAAGGGAUCUAAGCAAAACGAGAGGAAACUAAAGAUAAAAUUAAGACAUAAUAUGCAAAAAAAAAGAAAACCCUUAACACACCAAUGUGAUUUCUGGAACUAAGCAAAGCAAGAUCAAACCAAUAGAAAUAUAUAAACCCUUUAAAUCUUGCCAACUGCAACUGUUGACUUUUGUAAGAGACGGAUCGGAAAGAAUAAGAAUGGAGCAUCUGGAUCUUGCGGGAUAUCUGGGCCACACAACCCCAAAUUGGAACAGUCUAGGCAUAUUUGAACAACAAGAUGGUGUCUAUUUAUCAAGCUCGCGGCAAAUUUUGGAGCCAAUUUUAGAGGAGACCAGCGAGGAUGAGGAACAUGCCCAGGACAGCUUAAGUGGCUGCCUUGAGCAGCGCUCCAGCCUGUGGAGCUCUGCGGAGUCCGACACUGGUUCAGUGAUACGCAUAGAAGUAUCCAAAGAUGUCGAUGUCAUGUCAGAGAGGGACUUCGUGUGUCCGCCCAAGCGCCCAAGGCGUAGCUUAGAGCCGGAUCCUGGCCAGAGACUUGAGGACAGUGUUCAGCUGCGCCGCCCCCUGCGGCACGAUCCCGAGUCGCACAACAGUCUGGAGCGCUUUUUGGCGCUGGAAUCCUGUGCCCGGGACAGCUGUGGGAGCCAGGGCGUGCGAAACAGCGCAGGCAGUCGGCGCAGCGGUACCUUUGAGGACUUCUAUUCGGACAACGACUCCUACCACUCGCUUUCCCGCAGCUCGUCACUGGUGCAGUUUGAGUCCCUGGAGCGGCAAUUGACACUCCAAGAGCAGCAGCAAACUAUGAGCAGUCUGGGCAACAGCUCGCCCUCACUCUUCACUUGUGAGCUGGGUGCCGCAGCCCGGACCAGUGACAGCAAUCCGGAGAGCAGGAGAGGAUCUGCCUCGUCGCUGUCCUUAAUGAGACGGUACGAGUCUAGCGACGGUCGCCUGCACCAGACCUACUACGAGCUUAACAAGCUCAACCUCGAGGACCAGCAGCAGCGGAGCCUCUUUUCCGAGGGGCUGCACCAGGCGGAGCUGAAGUCCGACUCCGAGACCUGCUCCAGUUCGAGCUCCAGCUCGUCCAGCAGUGGUCACAGCCAGCUGAGCUCGUGUCUCGGCAGCGGGGGUGCGGGGGAAUCGGAGAAGCAGAACGGGACUGCCUCCCGUCGCAUGCCCCUCAACUCGGCCGAGAAUUUGUCGGAAGACUCCGGGUACUGCGAGCCCAGGACGCCGCAGCGGGAAAAGUCUAAAUCCAUACCAAAGAAUUUCGACAAGCUCUGCGAGGAGGAGGAGGAGCUGCUUUUGCUGGAUGAGGGUGCCCCCUAUGCCCGCAACUCCAAUGGCGGACAAGAUUUGUGUCAGCCGAAAAUAGAGCAGACUGCGGAGACGCUCGCAACGCCCUGCUCUCCGUCGCCGUCUAUUAAUAGUUCGCCGGAGAGGGUCGACUCUCAGUUGGAAUCGGCCACUCCGCUGGCAUCUCCGACCGAAUCGAACGCCUCGACAUCGUCCGCCGCCUCGUUCACUUGGCUGCGCAACAGUUUGCCAGACAUCCGCGACUCGCGCGGUCCACUCUCCACUGAAACCGUUGACCCGGAGGCCCCACACGAGGAGCACGGCUACGUUCUGGCCACCAACAGCAGCAGCAGUAGCAGCCACCGCCGCCGUAGCCGGAACAGAAGUUCCGCCGACAGCAGCGACGGCUCGCCCCCCCUGGGCACCACCCAUUCCCUCCCCAACGAGCUGCAGCAGCUCGGACGACGAGGUCGCCCGCGUCGACUUCGCACCACUAAGAGGGACUGCGACAGCGACAGCAGCAGCAGCGCGAGCAGUUCCACCGAACACCUUGACUUGAAGCGAGAGGAGAGGCGCGACGACUUCUUCCUCGACUGCCACGCCCUGCCACGGAUACGGCGGAGCUACAGCUGGAACGAGCGCGCCAAAAGAGCAGUGGGUGUGGCGAGCGCAGGCUACUUGAACGCCAGCUACCAGAACCUUACGCUCCUGGACUACAGCGACGAGCGCCCGGCGGCAGACGAUCUUCACCGAAACCACAAGCGGAGCCAAGCAGAUGAAAUGUCGGGCCGCGAGAGCAUGGCGGGAGGCGACUACGAGCAGAUCAUCUGCAAGGGCAAUUUCCUGCUGGAUGAGAUCAGCAAGAUAUACGACAAAAAUGUGUCCAUUCUAACGGACAGGCCGCUCCUUGUGGAACAGUCCACGCCGACAGAGGACUGUGAGUCGAACGCUUUCGAGGAGCCUCCGCAGGUGCAGCACGUUCAGUUGACGAUUAGGCCGCCACCUCGGCAGAAGCGUUCGCCCGAGAACUCGGAAACGGAGCCGCAGCCCAUACAACAACCAAUCCUGUCCUUUGGCACCUUUGGCAAGACCUUCGACGUGGACCCGACCAACCUGCGCACGUCCUACGCCCAGAGUCUGGAGCGGUGCCAGUUUGACCUGCCGGAGGCGGCCAACACGGUACCGCGGCCCCCUCCGGCCACCAACUCCCACUCCCAGAGGCAUUUGCCCAAGCGUCGCUUCCAAUCGCCGGCCGCCAAGCGCUGUCUGGUCAGCAGCACUCCCAAUUUGUCAGCCUGCGGCGACGGGCGGCAAGAGCCCGAGGACGAAAUGUGCGUGAGCAGUGCCCACACCUCGAUGCACACCUUGCCGCAGACGGCCACGCAGCCGAAGCCCCUUGGAAUUUUAUUGCCCGCCGGAUCGCGUCACUCGUUCGGCAAGGAGGUUAGCUUCUGUCCGGUUGUGAGCAAGUACUGCUGGCAGGAGCAGUCUUCCGAGGAGCCACUGGAGGAUCAGGGCCGCUCAAGCGAGGACGAGCAGGGCCCGUCCAGCGACGACGAACUCCUAGACAACUCGGACGCUACUGUGGUGCACAACACCAAAGAGAACGAGAACAUAGCCGCGCUCUUCGACCAAGAGCAGGCUUUUCGCGCAAGAGAACCGACAAUCGCGGCCGAAGACAGCGCCCAUUCCGAGCAGAAAGCACCCGAAGGCCAUGAUCAGAGAGCCGAAGCUGGCUGCGCUGCCAGCAGUAUGGGACUCGCAUCUGGCAGCGCAGUCAGUCUUCAAUCGGGCGUCUUAGAGAAUUCGUCGUUUUCCUCAGCAGUGCCCAGGCGCCCGACUAUUGAGACACCUGCUGCUGCAAGUGCACGACCUUUGAGUCUGCACCUGCCGAUCCUCAGUUAUCCGCCCACUAACCGAGCCCAUCACAUCCUGUGCCAGCAGAGAGCUCAUCAGGAAAUGUCACCGGGCAGCGAACCCGAGCCGCAGGCCACGCCCAUCGGCAGGUCGGACGACAAGCACCCGGGCUCCAGGGGCUUCCUAUCCAGGUUUGCCCACGGACUGCGCUUUUCGCUGCGACGCAAGAAAAAACAACAGCAGCUGGUGCAACGGGACCAAAAGGCAGCGCCGCAUCAGCCCUUGGUUAUGGCAUCGGACGUGAAGGACUCCAGACCGGCUGCGGGAAAGGGAAAACCGCCCGAAUUUGUUCACAUCCCGCUGAAGCCGUCGCGGAGCUUGCAGGCCAGUCCACUGGACGAUAGUGUAUUGUCUGAGGCCGGCGCCUCUAGUGCGUUCAACUGCAGGCAGCCAGAGCAACUGGCCAAAACAUCAACUCUACAGAAGGUUGUGACAGGCAAGCCGCCGCUUCCCAAGCUGCCGCCCCGCAGUGGCAGCCUGACGCAUGCGCCCCAAGGAACGGUCGUUAGCACCAGUGCUGCCCAUGCCAGUGAGACGCCACUGAAAACUGAACGGGAACAGUACCAGCAGUUUGCCGACCAGUUAACCGCGGGUAGCCAAAGCCAAACGACGAGGAUGCGGGCGUCGCAAGCGAGCGUCUCUCCAAAAACAGAAGUACUCAGUCAGCCGGAGAGAAGGGGGCUCGCAGCCAGGCCCACCGUGGUAACCGCCGUGCCGGUGGGCGUUUCUCCUGUGGAAGAGGCUGGAACGAUGGGUCUGAUCGAGACCAACCUGGACACUCAUGAGACGGUCAUUUCGGGUAAAACGCGUUCCCUGAUGGACAUCACAUGCAACCCGCUUAGCCUGCCCCACAAGCGGUAUAUCGUGAAGAGGCUGAAUGUCACCAGCGCUGCCUACGACGUGGAUGACAUCGACGGAGAGGCUGAAAAAUCCUCGGCAGGCGGAGCUGGCGUUCAAAUUGCGUCCGUCUGCAGGCCCCACAAAAGUAUGGAGUUCCUGUUGGACAAAGAGAACCAGAGGAAUGUUUUGGCCCCCGAAAACGAACUGCAGAAGUCCCAUGACUACAACUCAGCCGCGUUAAGCGAGCACCAGUUGCGCGUUCAGGCAUCGCUUCAGCGGCUUAACAUACCCGACUGGUUUCGUCAGUUCAAUAAGGAGUCCGGCCAGGUGCUAGAUGGUGCCAAUGCCGUCCCGGGUACAACACCGGGUGGAUACCGACCUGGCAAUUUCACCCGCAAGCGCACACAGGAGUCGGGACGCUGGCAGGGUCUCAACUCGAAGACGACCUCUCUCAGCUCGCUGGGAUCACAGCGCUCUGACCGGAGUCCUCUGCUGAUGAGUCCUUCGGCGCACAGUCACCACGGCGGCCAGAGCGCCUAUGCAUGUGGCUCGGGUGGGGCGCGCGGAGCGGCACCCAGUCACAACGGCGGGGGUGCCACGCGAUGGUCCACCUCGCACCUGAAUGCCACUUCGACGUCGCCCAGUGUCUCUCAGCGCGGAAGCUUUGCACGAGGAGCUCCCAUUAAUAGUAGCUUCAUAUCAGUGGCCAGCAGCAGCGGCGUGUUGCGCAAUUCCUACCGACAGCCUUACCUGGGCUGGCGCAGCUCGGAAAAACUGUCCCAGCGGACUCCCCACGAACGCCUGGCCAACUCGCUGCUGGCACAGCGCGCAACCACGUCUCCCACAUCUACCCCUUCGACACCCAAAGGAACUCGACUGCUGCAGUCUGAAACGCCAGAUAUUCAGAGCUCCAUCAAGGAGGUGACUUCCGCCAUCGUUCACUACGUGAAUGACCAGCAGCAGUCCCAGCAUCAGCGCAGUCGCUCAGCCAGUCCGAACUCGAGGAAGUGUUGGCUUGAGAGCAGCUUUGUGGGCACUCGACCUCUGGACUCGCCGCAGACACCAGUAAUUGACAACAGCCCCCCCGAGUCCGCCCGCGGCCAACAGCAGCUCCACCAGAUCCACCAUCUGCACCUAGAUGCUACUCUAUCACCAGCAGUCGCCUCCGGUCAGCCGCCACUUCGCAUGAACGGACUUAGUCGUAUCGGCGGCGGUGGCGCGCCUGAACGGUCGUUAAGCAGCGCCUCGCUAGAAGAUGUCCUAGCCUCGCUUUUAGGAUUGCCCACUACCUCCAUAUCCAGCCAGAACAGCAAUAACUGCAACAACCACAGAGCCAAAGCCGCUUCAGAGACCUCAGAAGCAGACGCAGCUAGUCGUCAGCAGCUGGAUGUGCAAUUGAUGGACGAGCAGCAGAGAAUACGUCGUUAUAGCGAGGGCGACGCCCCCAACAGAAAGAAAACUGCCAAGGACCAAUCGCACUCACAGUCCAAUUGCCAGUCAGCUGGAGCGAAAACUGAUGGACAGCGAGAUGCCCCAGAAAGAAGCCGUCGGGUCUCGGCGGCCGACUCCGCGUCGGUCAAAACACAGCCGGAAGUGGAAAACGGAGGCAAGCUCAAUGGGGAAAAUAAAGAGGGAUCGGGACAACAGAUCCGCUGCCGGAACACAAAGUGCAGCCAAAGUGCCUCUCCGGGCGAUGCAAGGAAGCUUUACAAGUCAUGCCACAACUGCACCCAUCUAUACUGCUCGCGGGAGUGCCGACGAGCCCACUGGGAGAAGCACCGGAAGGCGUGUCUGCACUCUCGCGCGUCCAACCUGUGCCGCCAGGUGCUGGCCACCUGCAAGGACGACCCUGACUCACAGCGCCACCUCAGUCUCCUGGCGCGGAAGGGCAGCAUCUCCCAAGGACGGGGCGUUGUGCGGGUGCUCUUUCGCAGCGCCGAGGCGGCAGAGGGCUUCAUUAAGAAGGGAUUCCAGUGCAUGGGGGAGGCCUCCUUCGUGCGCUGGCCCGACCUUAUGCCCGCAGAGAUGGGUCUGGAGCUGUACUCAGAGCUCCUCAAACUCAGCACGGAGUACAAGCCGGAAACAAAGAUGCUGAUCUACGUGGCGAUUUGCGUGGUGUCCGAGGCGCCGGGCAUGGGCCAGGCACCUGUGCGCUGGGAGCGCCAGCUGGUCAGUCGCUGCGCCAAACUCAAGCUCUGCAAGCCGGUGCUGGCCGAGCUGGAGAAAACACAAUCGGCUCUCCAGCAGCCGGUGUUGGUAGCUCCAGUGCCGGAGCGUACGGAAAUCCUGAUUCUCACGUUCAACCCCGGGCAGCGCUCGUUGUGCGGCAACCGUGAGCGGAUCCUGUCCAACAUUGUGGACAUCCUGUCCAGGCGCGGCGUCAUGCUGCGCAAGCACUACCCGGAGGUCUUUCAGCGCCUGCAGACCUACACGGAGGGCCAGAGUGACAAGUUCAGCCCGGUGACGCUGCAUCCGCGGGACUCGCAGACCGGCGAAAGCUUUGUUUGCAUUAUUAUGCCAGUCUACACGGACAGCGAGUUCAUCAAGCUCCCUUCAGCGGCUGAGAGCGGCAAUAGGGUGAACACCAUCGACGUGGGAACUCCAGCGGCUCUUGCCCACCUGGAGAGUUGAUCAAGGGCCGGCGAAAACAAUUGCAGCUACAGCAAAAAACAUCAGAGUGGGGACUGCUCGCUGCUUCACAAAUACGCUUUGGGAUGUGGCAUGGAGAGUACCCGAAUGUGACGCAUUUUCUUACCCAUGUUCUUUAAAAACUUCAAAAACUUCA